GCCAUCCUAGGUGAAGCAGAAAAGCCCAACUUUGGGGGCAGGGGGUGCAGUUAUGUGGAGGGAAGGGGCUCGUUGCUCAGCGCUCAUUUGCAUUUUGCAAAGCUCCCUUGAGGCUAAUGGACCUGGUCGCUCCUUCGGUCACAAGGCGAUGCCUUGAAUGUGGAAAAUGCGUAUGUAAAACCGGGCUGAUUUCAAGAGCGCUUCGGUAGGACAGAGAGAGAGAGAGAGAGAGAGACAUCCCCCUUCCUCCCGCCCGCUAGAGCAGUGGAUCGGUGGAGAUAUUUGGAAAAUAGCUUGCGGUGGUGGUGGGGGGGAUGUGAUCAUUUUUUAAGCAGCCUAAAAAGAGAGAGGGGGACCCGAAGACUCCCUGGGCUGGCCUGUGCCUGCCGGGCUGUGUGAUGAAGUCGGGGGUGGGUAGAGUUUAUUUUUGUCUCACGCUGCUGCUGCUUAGGGCCUCCAUCCAAAGGGGCUGGCUUGAGAUGCUUGAUUGCUGUAGAUGGAGCUGCAGCAACUCGGCUGCUUCCCGGGGAGGAGGAGGAGGUGGAGAGGAAAGCACCAGGGCUGCUCCUACUUUGCAUUAGAGCUUUAUAGCCGCAGUGUAAGUUUUCUUCUGCACGAAUGGUCUCUUGCAGCAGUUGCGGUUUAAAGCAGUUGUGAACAUUUGCUUUGGGAGGAAUGCGGGUGUGGAUGGUCCAGAUUGCCACCCAGGGGAGGAGAGAGCUGGAGACGCUAGGCUAAAAUAACCCGAGGGGAAAGAAGAAGAAGCUAUUCAUCCACUCCUGUGCCUUGUUGAGAUUUAUAUAUCUAUGUGUGUGUGUAUAUAUAAUAUACAAUUUCCCAUCCCUAUUUCCCUGUGCCACUUUGUGUCAUCAUCUUUGGGGAAUUUAACAAGAAGCCAUCAGGACACUGAACUGAAGAUAGAAAGAGGAGAAGAGAAACCAGACCCACAUCUGAGCUGACGGCUGGGUCCAAAAAUCCAUCCGAUUAAUAAAUAAAAUUGUGAGACAGACACGGGGGGAAAAGAACUUUGAGGGAAUUUUUUUUCCCCUGCAGAGGUGUUUUUUUUGUUUUUUGUUUUUUUUCCUCCCUCCACUCCCCACCCCAACCUAAUCAUGAUGUUUCGAGAUCAGGUUGGAGUGCUGGCUGGUUGGUUUAAAGGCUGGAAUGAAUGUGAGCAGACUGUUGCUUUGCUCUCCUUGUUGAAGCGGGUGAGUCGAUCCCAAGCCCGUUUCCUCCAGCUCUGCCUGGAGCAUUCAUUGGCAGAUUGCACUGAGCUGCACAUUCUAGAAGGGGAAGCCAACAACCCUGGAAUCAUUAACCAAUGGCAACAGGAAUCCAAGGAUAAAGUGAUCUCCCUAUUGUUAACCCAUCUGCCUUUACUGAAACCAGGAAACAUUGAAGCAAAAGUGGAAUACAUGAAACUGUUGCCUAAAAUCCUGGCUCAUUCGAUUGAACACAACCAACACAUAGAAGAGAGCAGGCAGCUUUUGUCCUAUGCUUUGAUCCAUCCUGCCACUUCACUGGAAGACAGGAGCGCUCUGGCCAUGUGGCUCAAUCACUUGGAGGAUCGCACAUCGGGUAGUUUUGGCAGCCAAAACAGAGGUCGGUCCGAUUCUGUGGAUUAUGGACAGACACAUUACUAUCACCAAAGACAGAACUCUGACGACAAGCUGAAUGGGUGGCAGAACUCUCGAGAUUCUGGGAUAUGUGUCAGUGCUUCCAGCUGGCAGGACAAAAACCUGGGGUGUGAGAACGGCCAUUUGCCCCUCUACUCUUCUUCUUCUGUCCCCACUACGAUCAAUACUAUCGGAACUAAUACAAGCACAAUUCUCUCAGGCCAGACACACCACAGCCCUUUGAAACGAUCUGUGUCCCUUACCCCACCCAUGAAUGUGCCAAACCAGCCUCUAGGACAUGGAUGGAUGUCUCAUGAGGAUUUACGAGCUAGAGGACCCCAGUGCAUCCCCUCCGAUCACGCCCCCCUGUCUCCACAGAGCAGUGUAGCCUCUUCGGGAAGUGGUGGGAGUGAACAUUUAGAAGAUCAGCCUUCUGCUCGUAACACAUUCCAGGAAGAAGGGAGUGGUAUGAAAGAUGUUCCUGCCUGGCUGAAGAGUCUCCGCCUGCACAAGUAUGCAGCUCUUUUCUCCCAGAUGACAUACGAAGAAAUGAUGGCACUGACCGAAUGCCAGCUCGAGGCACAAAAUGUUACCAAAGGUGCAAGGCACAAAAUAGUCAUCAGUAUCCAGAAGCUGAAAGAGAGGCAGAAUCUUCUCAAGUCUUUAGAAAGGGACAUCCUGGAAGGUGGCAACCUGCGCAUCCCACUGCAGGAGCUACACCAAAUGAUCCUCACCCCGAUCAAAGCCUACUGCUCCCAGAACUCAAAUACAGACGACCAGAGCCGGGACCUGGAUUCCCACCACCUGCCUUCUCUGAUCGGCUCGGACAGCCAAGGCUCCGACUGCAAGGACUCUGCCUCUGGGUGCAUACAGCAGCACCACUUGCCUGGCUGCGAGGGCGAGUCUGGAGGGGCACCUUUGCCUGAAGGGGAUCUCCCUGGGCAGUUCACAAGAGUCAUGGGGAAAGUAUGUACACAACUUUUAGUUUCCAGACCUGACGAGGAGAAUAUAAGUUCCUAUUUACAGCUCAUAGACAAAUGUCUAAUUCAUGAGGCAUUUACAGAGACACAGAAGAAAAGAUUGUUGUCAUGGAAACAGCAGGUGCAAAAACUCUUCAGGUCUUUCCCUCGGAAAUCCCUUCUAGACAUAUCAGGAUAUCGGCAGCAAAGAAAUCGAGGCUUUGGCCAGUCGAACUCCUUACCAACAGCUGGCUCUGUCGGUGCAGGAAUGGGCAGACGGAACCCACGCCAGUUCCAGAUUCCCUCCCGGAAUCUCCCCCCCACCCGGCUGGGUCUGCUGGGCCCCAGUGGACUCCUAGGAGCUGCACAACGCAGCGCAGCUACCAACCCAACCAUCCUGAAACAAGGAAGACAGAAUCUCUGGUUCGCAAACCCCGGGGGUAGCAACAGCAUGCCAAGCCGGACCCAUAGCUCCGUGCAGAGGACGCGUUCCCUGCCCGUCCACACAUCCCCACAGACCAUGCUGAUGUUUCAGCAGCCAGAGUUCCAGGUACCAGUGACAGAACCUGACAUCAACAACAGGCUGGAGUCCUUGUGCCUGAGUAUGACUGAACAUGCCCUGGGGGAGAGCUGUGCAUGGAGCGUCAUAGGCACUGUGGAUUUCAUUGGCGGGAGCAGGCAUGAUAAGCCCACGCACACCUCUCAGCGCUUUCUGACUGACGGCGUGGACAGAACCUCUACGAUAUAGAAGAUGAACGUGUAACGGUGGACAGCGCUGGCCGUGAGAAUGACUGCUGCGGGUCCAGUGGCAACAGUCUCCAGACGUGCACAGGAUUCUCAAAGAGAUUUUGCAUUCUCUCUCUCUCUCUCUCUCUCGUUUUAAUUUUGUGAAUGUGUAGAUUGUCCUUGUGAACUUAUCAUUAGAAUUGGACUUUGUUUUGUCAUUUAUUACAUCCUCUCUAGAGGAAAAGUGUGGGGGAAAGGCAAAGUGCUGGUCAAUAAGGUGUUAAUCUCCAGCUGGGGAGGAUGGAGAGCACCAGGCAAACAGGCACCAGGCAAACCCUGUUUCUGAAGGAGGAAAUUAACAAAUAUCACAUGUGUGACCAAAAAAACAAGGGGGUAACUUAUUGUUCAGAGUUUACAACUCUUGUAUUUCACUGGAGCUCAAACAUCUACUGGAGCUGCAGUGCAGUCAAAAAGGAAAAUAAAAACCAACCACCACCAAACAUCCUUUCAACCAAAUUUAAAACAACUAAAUUUCAAUUUGUGUAUUGUUUACAUCAGAGCAGAUAUAAAGGGUACAUAAGUGUGUAAAAAUGUCUGGUAGGCCUUUGUCUCAUAUUCCUGUUGUAAAGGAUUUUUUGUUUUACUUCUGUUAAUAGCAGCAGGUUUGCAUUUUACAUAGCAACCAAGCUGUGCUUCUAGGGGCAGGCCUUGGGUUUUCAUCUUAUCAGCUGGGAUGGAGAGGACAUCGGAGAAGAGAGGAGGGAUGUUGUGGAGUGGGCGGGACUAUAUGUGAUUGGGCGCGGAGAGCAAGUGGGAUCAGUUUCUUGUUUCUUGUCUUGUGUAUGUGAAUACCUAAAAGAUGCUGCAUCGUGGCUUUUACAGACCUGCCACUACAUCCCAGACUGACUGGAUCAUUUUCAGAACUAGCUACAGUUUGCCAGCUAAACUACAGGGGGAGAGGGCUGGGCCUUUUCUUGCCCUGGGAGAUAACGAGGAUGUGAGCAGGUAGAGAAGGAUUAAAGGGGAAAGCAUGAGCUUCCUGUGGUAAGGGACCAUGCGGGAGAGCAGCAACAUGUAAGCAGUGCUAGACUGCAGCUCUCAGUAUGAAUAGUGAGUACGCUCUGUUCGGUGUUUAUACUGGCUCACAAACACUGAUGCCUUUUUCUUGGUCCUGACAGAUAAUGAGCGUGCAUGUGGCCAUAGAGUAAUAAGCAGGCUAAACUGGACAUUACGUGUAAGGGAAGAAAGGUCAACAUGUGGGUGGAUUAAAGAUUUAAGAGCCAGUCGUUUGGAUGCACAUCUAUCUGUGUGCUGCUGUCCUCCCAGAACUGUAGCAAUUACACGUUGCUCUUUAUAAUGGAGUUCAGGGUGGCCCUGGUUCAUUUCAUACGUGAAUUUGCUAUACCUUUGAACCAGCAAGUGUUUAAACUGAGAUCUGAGUCCAGAAUCAAGUCUCAUGUACACCAGCGUACAUCCAUAGUUGUUCCAUUGAAUUCAGUGGGUUAGCUCCAGAUUUACACCCAAAUGAAAACAGAAUCGUCACCUAACAUUUCAGUAGUACGUGGUUAUUGAAUCCCCAUUGCUUGCUUGACACCCAGAGGGCCUGGGGUUUUUUUUUCUUUUUUUUACUUACACCAGUUUUACCCCAAUGCAUUUCCAUUGGCUUUAGUGAAGUUACUCCGGAUUCACCCUGGUGUAAGUAAGAAAUAAUUUGGUGCGUGCAAUUUUUCUUUAUUAUAUAAAGAAAAGUAAUAUUGGUGCAUACCAUGGCUAUGUGAAUCUGUACAAUACUUCAGAAAUCAGUUCUGUUGGUUAACGUUGUUUGGGUGGUUGAUAUUCUCUGAAAGUAGUUAUGGAAUUGCUCGAAGAAGCAAAUAUUUUCAGUGCCAAACAUUCAACGUGACUAUUUUAAAAGGGGGGACUAAGGGCUAAACCGCAGCUUCAAAGAGGUGUUCUUACAUGUACAAUAAGGUUUGUAAAUCCAAUUUAGAUGCAGCAUUUUUACUUAACUUUAUAAAAACAAAAAGUGCCAAAAUGCAAUUUUUCAUGCUGACUGACAUAAAGUUGAUAUUUCUUGGUUUCCUGUUUACCAGAAUGCAUGAUACAAUGUAACUGAGCAUGAUUUGGUGGCGUAAUGAGGGAAGACGGUGGGAGGGGACUUUGGAAUGUGUUAGAAGGAGCUUAAAACAAAGUUAAUGAAGAGUUUAAUGAACUGCAGUAUUACACAGCUUGGCUAGGAAAUGAGAAGGUAUUCAAAUCUGAGUUGCAUCUUGAGCGUUCAUAGCUAUACACAAUGUGCAGCUUCAGAAAAUGAAUUGUGAACACAAUCACCUUAGCAUGAAUCUUUUGAAAGGAAGACAAAGUAUUUACAAAUCUGAAAUUCUAUUUAUUCCUUUGCUGAAUAUAGAAACAGAGGUUAUCUGAUUAUUAGAUAUAUUAUUUUGGAUAUAUUUUACUUAUUAACUUGCUAUGGCUGGUAACCAUGAUAAUGUCUGUUAUUAACAACCACAUAAUUCAAUUUUUCUUUUCUUUUUUUUUUUAAAAAGCUUAUUUUCCAUUGGGAGUGUAUAGGUUAAUGAUAGACUUUGUUGUGUUUUGCUGUUUUUUGUUUUAAUUAAAAAGUAGCUUCGGUUAAAUUUUGGAAGUCCUUCCCAGCUCCGUUUUGAGGCCUGUGUUGAGUGCAGGUGCAGAGCUCAAUUUAAAAAUCAAAUUCUAAAGUAAAAUAAAUUUAUUUAUAAAAACCAGUUGCAUGCAUAAGGCUGUGAAGUCAAAUAUUUAGUAAUAAAGCGGCAGUGCCUUUCUUUUUUGUAUUUA